CAGGAAUCUGUCAUGCGCAAAUGGAUGAUGUGCGCGAAAUAAUUCCAUUUUUUCGUAGUAAAAAAUAAAAUUUCAUCAUAUUGUGUAAAAUUACUUUAUUUGAUUUUGUAUGUAUGCAGUUUGAAUGUAGUUUUUUCUGGCAGAUUUUUUGUAAUUUUACGAAAAUUUGUGAAAUAGUCAAUUGGACGGAAAAACAAAACAAUAAUUAAAAAUGUAAAUAAAUAACUCAAUUUGGUUUUUAUUUCACAUAACAUAAAUAGAAUCUCUUUGGAUUUUCAAUGUUCCCAGAAAAAUCAUGGUAAAGUACUGAAAUUAGUUGUAUAAUUUGCUUUAGAUUAAGAAAAAAUGAAAUAUAAAAUUUCAUGCGAGGAGCCAUUUGUAUGACCUCAAAAAUAAAUCCAUAAAAUCAUUUGACAUCGACAUCGAGCAUAUUAAUUUACUGCAUAUUUUUACGAAUUUCAUAGUAAAAUCUCAAUUAUGACCCGCAUUUUACAGUAUUUUUGAUAUAUUUAACGUCUUUUACAUAAUUUUGAUGAAAACGUUAAGUAUUUGUUCCUCGCAAGACUACCGCAGGUCGGCCAUCACGACAGUUUGUGGCAAGCUUGGCUAGCGGGUAUGUGUUAGGUGAGUGAAAGUGUGUUGCUCCGUAUUUUUCACGUUACAAAUGUGGAUUAUCACUCGAAAAACGCAGAUCCUAGCUGGCAUGGCUAUUAACUUGUAGUAAUAUUCUGUAAAAUGGAAUACAAAUUGAAUCAAAUAAACAGCUGAUCAGUAGGCCCGGGUCACUAUUUGAACUCAUUUUUGAGGUGAAAAAUGGAACGUCCACCCCGCAAUGAGCCGCCCGUGGAGCCUGUCAACGGUGUGGUGCAACCGCUGGUGCAUCCGCCGCCCGACAGUCCCGGUCGCGUAACGAACCAACUGCAAUUCCUGCAGAAAACCGUACUGAAGGCCGUAUGGAAGGACAAAUUCGCUUGGCCUUUUCAACAACCCGUCGACGCCAAGAAACUCAACCUGCCCGACUACCAUAGAAUAAUCAAACAACCGAUGGACCUGGGAACGAUAAAGAAGCGUUUAGAGAACAACUACUAUUGGUCGGGUAAAGAGUGCAUACAAGAUUUCAACACGAUGUUCACGAAUUGCUACGUCUACAACCAGCCCGGCGAAGACGUGGUCGUCAUGGCCCAAACAUUAGAAAAAGUAUUUUUAACCAAAGUGGCCGACAUGCCCAAACAAGAAUUUGUCGUUGAUAUGCCGAUGAAAGGCAAGAAAGGGCGAGUUAGCGUCGGCGGUGGAAGCACCCCAUCGUCGAGCGGACCGGUACCGGGGGCGGCGGCUAUACCAGGAGCUGUCAGAGGCAGACCGCCCGCGACCGUUUCUUCUACCAGUACCACGCCAAUUGCCACCACUACUGGUUCGUCGGGCCUGCCGUUGGGUACCCAAGCGCCGGCCACGCUGCCGGGCAGUACCGCCACGACGACGAUAGCGCCGGCCAACAACAACAACAGCUCUCUGACGCCGCAACAGCUCGUCGGCACGCCCGUCGGUUCGAUGCACGGCACGCCCGGAGGAGCGCCACUGUCCAAUUCCCUCGAUCCCGGCGGCGUGAUGCCCGGCAACGUCAUGCCGCCGGCGCAACCGGCCAAGGUAAAAAAAGGCGUGAAGAGAAAGGCCGACACGACGACGCCGGCGACGGCCUACGACUAUCCGACGGUGUUGGAAUCGAAAUCGGCGAAGAUUUCGACGCGCCGAGAAUCGGGCAGGCAGAUCAAGAAACCGGCGCGGCGGGAAAUCGACCUUCAUGUACCUCAACCGGCGAUCCACAAACCCAACGAGAAGUUGUCGGAAUCGCUGAAGGCUUGCAAUGAAAUCCUCAUGGAAUUGUUCUCCAAGAAACAUUCGAAUUACGCAUGGCCGUUUUAUCAACCGGUCGAUGCGGAAUUAUUGGGCCUGCACGACUACCACGACAUCAUCAAGAGACCCAUGGACUUUGGUACUGUAAAAGAGAAAAUGGACAACAGGGAGUACCGCACGCCGCAGGAUUUCGCCGCCGACGUUAGACUGAUUUUUAGUAAUUGUUACAAGUACAAUCCCUCUGACCACGAUGUGGUCGCCAUGGCGCGGAAGCUGCAGGACGUGUUCGAAGUCAAAUUCGCAAAGAUCCCCGACGAACCCGUCAACCGGAUAGGAGGCGGUGUAAAUAAUUUACCCAUUAAAUCGGAAUCGAGCAGUUCCGGUUCGAGUUCCGAUUCGUCCAGCGAAUCCGAGGAUUCGGAGGAGGAGCGACGUAAUAAACAAUUAAAAGUACUGGAAAAAGAGUUGACGGCGUUGCAAGAGAAGAUGCGCAAGCUGGUCGAGGAGAGUUCGCGCCGGAAAAAGGAGAAAAAGAAAAACAAAAUGAAAAAGAAACCGAGCGGCGGCGGCGGCGGUGGGUCGUCUGCCGUCGCGGCGGGCGCUCUGCCGAACAGCAGCAGCGGCGGCGGCGGUCUCGGUAAGCCAUCGGGGCACGGGGCCCUAAAGUCAAACAACAAUUCGAUCGCGGACAGCGUUGACGACAGCAUCGCCAGUGUUGUGUCCGGCGCCGAUAUGAAGAUGUCCGGCGUCGGGGCGGCGACCGUCGCCGGGGACGCGCACCAUCACGCGGGCGGCGGCGGCGGGGGCGGCGCGACGGCGCACGCCUCGGGCGUCCUACAACACGCCGGCAAGUCGCUCAGCAUGCAUCACAACAUGGCGGCAGCUGGCGCCAACGCUUCCGCCCAGCCUAAAACACCUAAGACCAAAGGUUUGCGCGCCAACAAACCGGCCGCCGCUUCGAACGCCGCCGCCAAGCGGGUGAAGGCCAACAACAAAACCGGCGCCGGCAGGAAGAAGAACGCCGCCCAACCGCCCCCCAUGCCGUUCGAUUCCGAGGACGAAGACAACGCCAAGCCGAUGUCCUACGACGAGAAGCGGCAACUUUCGUUAGAUAUUAACAAAUUACCCGGCGACAAAUUGGGUCGAGUUGUACAUAUAAUCCAAUCGAGGGAGCCGUCGUUGAGGGAUUCGAAUCCCGAUGAGAUCGAGAUCGAUUUCGAGACGUUGAAACCGUCGACGUUGAGAGAAUUGGAGAGUUACGUCGCGUCGUGUCUGCGUAAAAAGCCACGUAAGCCUUACUAUAAAAAAGUCGCCGGCAAAUCUAAAGACGAACAAAUGGCGGAGAAGAAGCAGGAGCUAGAAAAAAGACUAAUCGAUGUGAACGAUAAAAUCGGCAAUUCCAAAAAAGCACCUAAAAAAGAUGAAGCGAACAAGGUGGACCCGACGGGCGCGGGCGGUCCCUCCGGUCGCCUGUCGUCGAGCUCGAGCAGCUCGGAUUCGGACAGCAGCAGCAGCAGCCUGUCGUCGAGUUCGAGCGAUUCCAGCGACAGCGAAGCAGGUGGUACGACCAACAGAUCGACUAAAAAGAAAGUGAACAAAAAGAGCCCCAACCCUUCGGUCGAUAAUACUGCAAUAACGAAACCACAGCAACCAACAACAGCACCACCAAUGUCACAAACACCCGCCAACGUUAACGCUAACGUAAACGUAACCGUAUCGGCUAAUGCGAACGCACCGCCACAAUCAGUACCUGCGACGACGUUAACGACGACCGCCGCCGUUAACAGCAAUUUCCCGGCGCCGCCGCCGCCGCCGCAGCAGCAACAGCAGGCGAUGGCUCACAACAAGCAGCAACACAACGUCAACGUAAACGUUAACGUACCGCCGUCGGUACAACAACAACAACAACAACUGGUACCGCCGCUCAACAUCAAACCGAUCGGCAUCGAUAAACUAUCGGCCGUGAAUCCGGUGACGCCGGCCAGCGUACCGCAGGCGCCCAAAUCCGUCGCCCUGCCCACGCCAUCGCCCGACAAACCCAAACCCAACGUGAUCUCCCACAUGGAGACCUACACCGAUCCGAUCGAACAGAGCCUCGCCAAUUUAGAGCAGGACACGAUCGCCGUACAGCAAUUGACCAACAAUCCCGUCGCCACCCAUCCGCACAUGAACCUCAAUCCUAACGUCGUCAACCAUCCCGUUUUGCAGCCCGGCUCCUUGAACAUGGACCUGAAGGCGCCGGUCACGAUGGCCGCCGCCGCCGCCGCGGCCGCCCAAAUGCUCCAUCACCACCACCACCACCACGGCAUGCCGAUGUCGAUGGACGCCGGCGAUUUGCCGGCCCUGAUGCAGACGCAGGCGAGCAUGAUGCACGCGCAGAACAACGGCUUCGGCAUCAAGCACGAAUUCGAUUUGACCGCCACCAACAACAACGGCAUCACGUCGAUCGGCCUGCCGAUGGAGAUGUCGAUAUCGUCGAUGUUCGACCAGCUGCCGCAGCACCUGAUCAAGCCCGAGCCCGGCCAGGACCGGCUCGACGGCCUCGGCGCGCUGGUCAACGACAAGAAACCGCCGCACGGCGGCCAUGGCGGCGGCGUCGCCGUCGGCGCGCCGAUCGCGUCGAAGCCGUCGGCGCAGACGUUCGGCUUCAAGCAGGAGAAGGCGGAGCCGCACAACGUGAAGAACGCCAGCUCGUGGUCGAGCCUGGCGAAGGGGAAGAGUCCGCAGAACAACACGCCCGGCGGCAGUAGCAAGCAACAGGUGAUGGACAGCUUCAAGGCGUUCCAGAACAAGGCGAAGGAGAAGGCCGACAGGGAGAAGCAGCGGCUGGAGAAUUUGGAGAUGAAGCGGCAGCAACGCGAACAGGCCGAACGCGAGCGAUUGCGCGCCGAGCACGAGAGGCGGCGCGAAAAGGAGGAGGAGGACGCGUUGGAGAAGGCCAGGAAAGCUGUAGCCGAACAACAGCCCAUAACGAAUCAGAGGGUGGAAGAGUUGCGAUCGUCGCCAGGCGAGGGUAGCACGUCGCCCGGUUCGUUGAGUUCGGGCUCCGAAAGGAUAUCGGAGAGGGAAAGGCAACGAUUGCAGGAGCAGGAAAGACGAAGACGAGAAGUGAUGGAGAACAAGAUAGAUAUGAAUAUGCAAAGUGAUUUAAUGGCCGCUUUCGAAGGUUCGUUAUGAACGGUGGUUUGGUGCGCCGCUUGACUGAAAAUUUUUAAUAUUUAUAGAGAAAAAAAAUGGACUCUCGACGAGCCGAUUUUUGUGUAAUUAUUGUAUUUAUAUAUGACAAUUUUAAUAGGUGUUAAACGAAUGUUAUACGCUCAAAAAAAGAAGAAACCUAUUUUUUUUUUAUUUUUAAAAAUAUGCUUCCAUUAAGUUCCAGCUGCAUCUUCUACAUCUUUAUUAUUUCUCUUAUCCUCGGGUACAGUUCAUAUUAUGUUAAAUGUGAUUCUUGUUUUUAGUGGCCGGAUCUUGUUUUUAAAUUCUUUUUUUCUAAUAUUUAAGUUAGAACUUUUCCAAAUGGUUUGUAAAUAGAGUAAUAUAAAAAAAUAUUAUAAAAUUGUACAGAAAUGUUGGGUUGAUUAUUGUAUUAAUUUUUAUUUGCUAGUAUUUUCGGAUCGUCGAAAUUCGCCGGAAUUUUCUCGAUUCGAAUUCGGUUCUUAGAAUUAUAUGUUUUAUUUGUUUCAACAUCGAGUUGUACCAUUCCAGGUGUUGAAUUUUAAAUCCUCUUUAUCAAAGGGAAAACGAUACUCAUAGUAUUUAGUAACUUACCCUAUUCGAGUUGUGUAAUCUUUUUUUUUUCUUAAAAAACGAAAACGUUACAAAAAAAACUAAUGAGUGUACCAUUUAAGUCAAAUUUCACGAUGAAAUUAUUUCUUUGUAAUUGAAUGACGUGUGCGCUAGUUGUUUACAAGUGUUUAAUUACUAUCGAUUCGACAAUAAUUUGGUUUUUUUUUUGUUCUGGGUUUAUGGGUAUUUCGAAGUGCUUGUAAGUGACAUGAUCUGGCGUUGUACCAUCUUGAGCGGUUUUUUUUGAGGUGCUGUUGCAUGUAAAUUGCUCGAGAUUGUACAGUUUUUAGGUGUUUUAUUAAAACUACAAAAAUGAGCGUUUCCUUGUCACGUUUGUUUGCAAAUUAUCGAAGAGUAUUUUUUUAUUGCUAUUAGAAAAAAUGUUGGAAACAAUCAUUUUGUAUUUUUAAACUCUUCCACUCGAAUGGCGCAUAACCGGCGAAAAUGGAGUGCUAAGGGUUGAAAUAAGACGCUAAUUUCACAUAAUUUCGAAAACACUUAGUUAAUUUUGUGUACACUUAAGUAAUUGUGCAAAUGUAAAAAUUUGAUUAGGUAGAAGACGAGAAUUGUUUAUCCAAUGCGGGGUGAUCUUUCUAAAGGCGCUCCGGGAGUUUGCGAGGUUUAAAUUUUCAUUAAAAUAAAUACAAAAAAAAUUAGCAAUAAGUUAUCCCCUUUAUUAGGUUCUUAAGUUUACGAUUCAUCUUUUUUGUUAUGUUUAUUUUUAUUAAUUUUAUUUCGCUUUUUUUGAAGAAACACGCUGUAAAAAUGUUUGUAAAAUAUAAAUCCAGAUUAGUGUUUAGAAGUGGUUCACAUUACCAAUAAAUAAUGAAUUGAAGAAAUGAAAACGUGUCUCCGUUUAACUAACUGUUUUGUGUACAGGGUGGUCCUAAAAAAUUGGAAAUUUUUAAGCGAAAUUCGUAAUUACGUUAUCUAACGAGUCAUUUGUUGACGUAAUUGGUAGAUGUAGGGUUGAUUAUAAUUUUAUUCCAAUUUUCUCACGCGUUUUUUUAAACGGACGGCCGAUCAAAUUCUUAUCGAUUUUGUCUAGUUUUCCUUUGAACGAUUUCGUUUACCACAAGUUAAUUUAAUUUAUAUUGUAAAUGUAAUUGUAACAUGUAUGGCUGUUAUCUAUUUUUUCAUUAUUUUGAAUUAAAGUCAUAAAUAGUGAUGUUAGAAUAAAUAUCUAAGAACUAGA